CCCUAUUCUCACUUGGGAUUGUGAGCCUCAUGAUUCCAGGGUCCAGCAGAAGACAUAUACUACCCUGAGACCGAUUGCAGUACUCUCUCCGAUAUAGGCUGCUGCUGUCCAAGGAACGAUGCCCGGGCAUGAUACCUGCGGCUACGGGACUCAGCUUCCAAGUCCGAAACAUUCCACCAAGCCUCUCGCAGCACUAUAUCCCACUAGAAGCAUCUCUAUACCCACGUCGUUUCCGCCUACUGGUUUUGUUUUGGUGUGGUUCGCUAGCCUGUGCCCAUGGCAUGCAACUUGUACUGCAUAUCAAUCUUGGAAGAGUCAAGCAGGCCCCGCCGCAUACGUGUUCGCAGGCGGCGGCUACAAACAGUUCCGUACAUUCGAAAUUAGUCGAUCACCCGCCCGCACAUGCAUCCGCUGGGAAACCUACAGAGUCAUGCUUUUGCCAUGGCAAGGGAAAAGGCAAAUGUUUGGGGAGACAAAAGAUCUACAAAGACGCUGUGAGGCACUCCUCCACAGAUCCAUCACACAUGCGAGAAUACCAACCAUGGAGUCUUGGUACAAGGCUGCGAAUGAAGUCGUGCUAGCAUCCCAGGCGGAACUUCGGAACGAGGCCGGCAUGCGCAAUGUCCAACCCGCCACAAACAUGCAGGAGUCGCACUGUGCAUUCAACAAACUUCAUCCCAGGUCAUUUGCAGUGGAUACGGGUGACUCCCAAGGCAAAUACACGUCUGAUCAUCUCCUGAUAUUAUACUCACGCGAGUGCCAGAGACGACGUCAUGACGGGUGUCAAAUAGCACCAUCGUUCGCUCUCUCGCACGCCGUCGAUAGACUCGUAGAUGCUAGUCUCGCGAAUCGCUCAGCUCCAGCCCAGAAGUAUUUUGAGCAUGGAUUAACACUUGCUGCACAUGCAGCCAUCUGCAACUGUUGUCUGCGUCGCUGACGAAUGAGACGGGAAGUGACCCCGCAGCUAAAGCACGCCGCUAACAAUGCAAGUCAUUCGCCUGUCCUCUUCGGCUGCAUGCGUCCGGGUUUUCAAUACGCAAGAACGGGCUAAUGACCGUCAGCCAUCAGAGCGCCGCUAUCACAACGCAGGGACAACGAUCUGACCCAUCUUCAUCUGGUCUCCCUCGAGACGGUCACAAUACUACACAAUGAUUGUGGGUACGUCAUCACACUGGUCAGCAUGGGCAUUAACUUCGGAAAGGACUGAUUCCAAAUCGGAGACCGUAUGAUCGAAAGUAGAAACUAGGAUCCACAUCGCGACAAGACGGCGGGUCCGAGACAUGAUACUUACCACCGAAUCAUGCUGAAUAAAUGGCCUUGACAGCUUG